AUGUUGUCCGUCUCGAGCGUUCCAGCACCAAUUACUCUCCCCGCAACCCGCGACGCGGCAUUGCCCCGAGCUGAACAAGUGCAGGAGUUUACAAGCUUUCAAGACGCAAUUGGCUCGUUGUGCAAGAUUGCGGAUGUGGUUGGAGGCCCGAACCACGCUGUUAAGCUGCACUGCACACUCCCCACUUGCUUUACCGAAGAGGUCCUGGGGAGUGACCUUCACGAUGUUCAUGAUCUUCGGCGCCGUUCCCUCGACCUGGUCCACGAACUCACUGGUUCCCUGCGCUCUUCGGGGAUCAAUGCAAGCUACCAACUUUCGCCUUGCCACAGUCCCUUGGCGCUUGUUUUCGUUCUUCCCCAAAACCGCACCGACGGUGUCAGGUCAUGCAAAGUGACCGAGGCAAUGAAAGACUUGAUGAAGGGUGCCCCGAGUGAUAAACUCUACCUGACUUCGGUUUCUGGGGUGCCUUCGCUCGUCAUCACCUGA